CAUGAUUCUCAUGCGGUUGCAAAGUUGUCAAAUGUGUGGACCUUCUUGCUCAUAAGUAACACGAUAAGGAUCCACAUCAUUAGCAUGGUACUCCACUGGUGUGAUCUUUGUCACUAUGAAUGGGACUGCCAUGAUUUCCAUCACGUUCAUGCUCUUGAUGAUCUUCAUACUCAUGAAAGUACUCGGAUCAUCUUCUUCAUCUUCUUACUUUAUACAUUUGCAGAACAGGGGAACUGGAUCAGUUCAACGCCACCUAUAUGCACAUGCAAAGUUGUACAAUCAGUGGCAUCGAGUACCAAGAAAAGAACAUGACAAUGGACGUAAACACCCUUGUCCAACAACAAGUUCCUACAAAAGAUGAGACUACUUUGCCUCCUGACGGUGGACGUGAGUGGACUACCCAAGAACAAGCGUUGUUGGAGCAAUGGAACCAGUCUGGCGCGGAGCGUGUAGACAUGCCUCUCAGUGCUAGAAAUUGGCUUGAUCCGCAACGAGUUCAAAGGAUAUGGUGCUUCUUUCCGAAGGAGCAAAAAUUUCGAGGAUUCGUUCACUACACGGAGACUACAGAUUAUGUCCAGACAUUUUUUAAGCUCAAAAUUGUCUAAUUGAAAUAUGCUGCACAGAUGAAGCACUUCCUCUCGAAAUUAAUGAGCGACUAAUACUCACAGUGACGUGCUUCUUGGGUGUGGUAGUACUAAUUCCCAUGAUCAUGCAUUUUCCUCCCUGCUCAUUCCUUCACCCCACGGAUUAUGCUCUGCUCCUCUAACUCCCAGGCCCUCCAAACAUCGUGCAUGGAGGAUGCAUCGCGAGCGCUUUAGACGUCGCGAUGGCUAGGUGCGCGAUGGGAGUUUGCAAUAGCUACAAAUUGGUCACUGCGAGUCUAGAAGUUGCAUACAAACUCCCUGUCCCGAUGCCAAGUACUGUUGUGGUAUGAGGAGGAGGAGGAGGAGGAUAAUGUAGAAUAUAAUAUUGAGAUAGGCACCAUAGGAGGUGGUGUACUUGUUGGUGUUGAAGACACGAAGCUUCACUAUUUAUUCAGACCUUAGAUUUGGAUGAAACAAUGCAUCAUAGUUACUACGAGAUUCUCCUCAGAAGCAGAUGAGCAUGAACUACAAGUAUAAGUACUUAGAAUGAUGAAUAAGAGAAACAAGAUAGCCCCCUUGUUCAUUCCUAGUCGAAGCCGAGUGCACAUCGAGGGACGACGCUCGUCACCGCUUGACGAUAAGCUGUAAAGUGGUGGAUCUAGAGACGCAAAGAGUCGUGUACAACACAGGCUCAGCUGUUUUUGUUGAUCUGGAAAGGAGAGCAGCUGCGGUGGGGCCAAGUAAAUGAGCAUGAGAGCAGAGGUCUGCUUAACAGCAUGAACAUGAAUUACAUGGUGAUAUUAAGGCGAUGAUGAACAUGAAUUACAUGUAGUUGAGCAGGACAACUUGAGAAUCUAGUUCGUCAACGUUCUCAUUCACAUUCAAGAACUUUAUUUAUAAAAGGGAGGUCUGCAUUCGCAUACGGGAGGUCCGCAUGUACUGGUCAGAAGCGGAUACCCUACAUCUACAUCACCCCAUAUACAACUCUGUAUCUGCUCC